UCAUAUUCUGAGCUUGUUGAGCAUCUUUAUGAUGGAUAUUUGAAUUGUUUGUCAAAUAAUUCAUAUAUCUCCUUUACUUUAGGGUCAGUUCCUGGAGACUUAUUUUGUUGUUUUGGCUUUGUGCCAUGUUUUCUUGUUUCCUUGUUUGCUUUGUACCUUUAUGUUGGAUCCAUACAUUUAAGAAAAUGACCACCUCUCCAAAUCUUUAUAGGCUGGCUUUGUGCAAGGAAAGACCUUCACAAAUCAGCCUAAUUAGAGGGUCCUUUCAGACAUUUUAUGUGUAUAUUUCUUCUCUGGACUUGUAUAUGCAAAUUUUUAAUUAAAGAGAUUUAUUAGUUCACAUCUCCCUUUAGUUCUUAGUUUCCCCCAGGCUUCUAGAGUGUACUGAACCAUAUCAGUGCUUUUUAUCUAGUAAAAUAAAUUAAAGUCUGUUUUAAAGUAAAACAAGUUUCUUGGUCAGACCCCAAAAAGCUAUAAUGUUGAACACACACUUUACUCUUCUGUCUCCCCUCCCUGAAGAAGCCUUUGAGCUGUGUUAACAUCUGUCUUCUCUACUGCAUGUCCUGUGGAAUAGCAGCAAAUCACUUACAUCUCUUUUGUUUUCAGCAUCCCCCAGAGAUCUAGAGUAUGCCAGCCCUGUCCACCUUCUCAGAGCAAUGAGACAGAAACCCAUUUCUCGAGCAGUCCCCCCAAAAAGACAGAAUGUGGGACGCAUGCCACAACUUUUUCCCUUCCUAGAGAGAAGCUGAGAGUUGGGAGUUUCACCCUCUCGUUCUAUGCUGAGCUGGGAGGAGGGAGUAUGGAAGAAGCCAAGAAUUGGGAGUUUUCUGCUGAUCAUGCUAUACUGAGCUGGGCAGAGAGACCAUGGCGACUUCUGCUUAAUCAUUUCUAUUAAUGGGAGACACAUAACCUGACAAAGCAGAUUCAGAAUGACCUAUUGAACUCCUUCAAAUUGGGUCACACAGCACAAGUUGAAGCCGAGAUUCAAACUCAGUCUGGUUCCAGAGCCUGUGAAGUGCCUAUGGAAGAUAUUCACGUGGAGAUGGAUACUCAAAUGAAUCCCUUCUCCAAUGCCUGCCACAGUAAUGAAUCUGCACCUCUGUGCUGGCAGCACAGGCAACAAAAACGGAAAUAGACUAAAUAGCCAAGUUGCAAGAUACCACUGCUUCUUUUAAGAAUGAUGGGUUUCCCAGGUGAUACUUGAAAGAAGAGAUAAUGACCACCUAUCUCCUUCAUCCUGGUCACACAGAAAGGCUAUGGACUCCUUUUGGCAUUUCUGCCUCAGCAACAGAGGAUAAAAGCCAUGUUGUGAUAGAUAAGUCACAAAAGUAAAAAAUACAGACGUGGACUACAGGCCUCCAAAGAAGAAUUGAGCAUGCUGAGGAUCUGUGCCAGACAUUGGACAUUUUUGAGGUGUUAAGAGAUGUGCAUGCUUCCACCAUUGCGAAGAUGCGUGUGCUUUCCCGUCACCUUCCACCAUGAUUGUAACUUUUCUGAGGCUGCCCAGUCACGCUUCCUGCUAAGCCUGCAGAACUGGAGUGGUAACAUCUGAACAUACCAAACCAAACAGGCAAACUCUUGCACCAUCGCUACCACGACAUUUUACCACAAAAGAAUGCCACUGCAUGUGGAUUCCAAGCAGGCUAAAAAGAAAAAGAACUGAUUAGACCUCAGACGACCCACUAAACGGGAUGACGGCCACAGCUGAGGUAGAGACACCAAAAAUGGAGAAGAGUGCCUCCAAGGAAGAGAAGCAGCAGCCUAAGCAGGACAGCACAGAGCAGGGCAAUGCUGAUUCUGAAGAGUGGAUGAGCUCUGAGAGUGACCCUGAACAGAUAAGCCUUAAGAGUAGUGACAACAGCAAGAGCUGCCAACCUAGGGAUGGUCAGUUGAAGAAAAAGGAGAUGCCCUCCAAGCCACACCGCCAGCUCUGUCGAUCUCCCUGCCUAGAUCGUCCAAGUUUCUCCCAGAGCAGUAUUUUACAGGAUGGUAAACUUGACUUGGAGAAGGAAUACCAAGCUAAGAUGGAGUUUGCGCUAAAGCUGGGCUAUGCAGAGGAACAGAUUCAAUCAGUGCUAAACAAGCUGGGCCCAGAAUCACUUAUUAAUGAUGUAUUGGCAGAGCUUGUCAGACUUGGGAACAAAGGUGAUUCAGAAGGGCAGAUCAACUUGAGCCUGUUAGUGCCUCGUGGGCCCAGCUCCAGAGAGAUUGCAAGCCCUGAAUUGUCUCUUGAAGAUGAAAUAGACAACAGUGACAAUUUGAGGCCAGUUGUCAUUGAUGGAAGUAAUGUGGCAAUGAGCCAUGGGAAUAAAGAAGAAUUCUCCUGCAGAGGAAUACAACUUGCGGUGGAUUGGUUUCUAGAUAAAGGCCAUAAAGAUAUUACUGUAUUUGUGCCUGCGUGGAGAAAGGAGCAAUCCCGCCCUGAUGCACCAAUUACAGAUCAAGAUAUUCUACGAAAACUGGAGAAGGAAAAGAUUCUCGUCUUCACACCAUCCCGAAGAGUCCAAGGCAGGAGGGUUGUCUGCUAUGAUGACCGGUUCAUAGUCAAACUGGCUUUUGAUUCUGAUGGCAUCAUUGUGUCCAAUGAUAACUACCGAGACCUUCAAGUUGAAAAGCCAGAAUGGAAGAAGUUUAUAGAGGAGCGGUUGCUGAUGUAUUCUUUUGUGAAUGACAAAUUUAUGCCUCCAGAUGAUCCAUUAGGACGCCAUGGCCCAAGCCUUGAAAAUUUCUUAAGAAAGAGACCCAUUGUUCCUGAGCAUAAGAAGCAACCAUGUCCUUACGGCAAAAAAUGCACCUACGGCCACAAGUGCAAAUACUACCAUCCGGAGCGGGCCAACCAACCCCAGCGUUCGGUGGCUGAUGAGCUCCGCAUCAGUGCCAAACUGUCCACAGUGAAAACUAUGAGUGAAGGCACCCUGGCCAAGUGUGGCACAGGGAUGUCUAGUGCCAAAGGUGAGAUAACCUCAGAGGUCAAACGUGUGGCCCCCAAGCGCCAAUCAGAUCCCAGCAUCCGGUCUGUGGCUGUGGAGCCUGAGGAAUGGCUGUCCAUUGCCCGUAAGCCUGAGGCUAGUUCUGUCCCCUCGCUUGUGACUGCCCUAAGUGUUCCCACAAUCCCACCCCCAAAAAGCCAUGCAGUGGGUGCACUCAACACCCGUUCGGCCAGCAGCCCAGUGCCAGGAUCCUCCCAUUUCCCCCACCAGAAGGCCUCUUUGGAGCAUAUGGCCAGCAUGCAGUAUCCUCCCAUCCUGGUUACCAACAGCCAUGGGACCCCUAUUAGCUAUGCUGAGCAAUACCCAAAGUUUGAAUCCAUGGGGGACCAUGGCUACUAUUCAAUGUUAGGUGACUUCUCCAAACUGAACAUCAACAGCAUGCAUAAUCGAGAGUAUUACAUGGCUGAAGUAGACCGGGGGGUGUAUGCCCGGAAUCCUAAUCUCUGUCCUGACAGCCGUGUGAGCCAUACCAGGAAUGACAACUAUUCCUCUUACAACAACGUGUAUUUGGCUGUAGCUGAUACCCAUCCUGAAGGCAAUUUGAAGCUGCACCGCUCAGCAUCCCAGAACCGACUUCAGCCUUUUCCUCAUGGUUACCAUGAAGCCUUAACACGAGUGCAGAGCUAUGGCCCAGAGGAUUCUAAGCAAGGCCCCCACAAACAGUCAGUCCCCCACGUAGCUCUGCAUGCCCAGCACCCAGCAACUGGAACACGUUCCAGCUGUCCUGCAGACUACCCCAUGCCUCCCAAUAUCCAUCCUGGGGCAACCCCCCAGCCAGGCCGUGCCCUGGUGAUGACUCGGAUGGAUAGCAUUUCUGACUCCCGCCUCUAUGAGAGCAACCCCGUGAGGCAAAGACGACCUCCCCUGUGCCGGGAACAGCAUGCCAGCUGGGACCCGCUGCCCUGUGCAACUGACUCCUAUGGCUACCACUCCUAUCCCUUGAGUAACAGCCUCAUGCAACCAUGUUAUGAGCCAGUCAUGGUACGGAGCGUGCCUGAAAAGAUGGAGCAGCUUUGGAGGAAUCCUUGGGUUGGAAUGUGCAAUGAUUCCAGGGAGCAUAUGAUCCCAGAGCACCAGUAUCAGACCUACAAGAACCUCUGCAAUAUUUUCCCUUCUAACAUCGUCCUUGCGGUGAUGGAGAAGAAUCCCCACACAGCAGAUGCCCAGCAACUGGCAGCCUUGAUUGUUGCUAAGCUUAGGGCUGCACGUUGAUAUGACAUAGUACUUAUUUCUUUAUACAAAUAUGAAUAUUAAUACUAACAAUACACUAACACAAUAAUUAUAGUAACUAAUAAUUUGUGUUGCGCUUUACAAGUUACAGAGUGUUUAUAUCAUUUAAGCGCAUAACAACCCUGUGAGGUACGUCUUACUAACAUCCUCUUUUAUAGAGAAGGAAGGUGAAGCUCAGUGAAAUUAAGUGGCUAGCCAGGGUCACACUGCUAGCAAAUGACUAAGUCAAGACACACACCCAAGUCCUCUAAAUCCAAGUCCUAUGCCCCUUUGCACUGCACCAUGCAGGUAAUGGAGGACAAAACCCAGGGGGAGAGGUCUAGACAUAAGAAACCCCAGAGGAUUCCAUUACCAGAGUUUUCCUUUUUUUUUGUUUUUUUUGUUUUUUUUGUUUUUUUUUUUGAGACAAAGUCUUACUCUGUUACACAGGCUGGAGUGGCACUAUCUCUGCUCACUGCAACCUCCGCCUCCAGGGUUCAAGCGAUUCUAUGACCUCAGCCUCCCAGGUAGCUGGGAUUACAGGCGUGCACCACCAUGCCCGGCUAAUUUUUGUAUUUUUAGUAGAGACGGGGUUUCACCAUGUCGGCCAGGCUGGUCUCAAACUCCUGGCCUCAAGUGAUCCACCCGCCUCGGCCUCCUAAAGUGCUGGGAUUAGAGGUGUGAGCCACCGCGCCCAGCCUACCAGAGUUUUCAUAGUCACAUAUUCUAUAUUACAAAGUAUGGAUGAUAUAUCCAAUUUAGAGAGCAAAAGCAUCAGGAUCAGAUCAUAUGUUGAAUUAACCUUUUAGGUUUUUUCUAAUAGAAAUAUUUAAAACUAUUUAAAAGUAAAUGCAUACUUUAUUGCAUGGAUAUCUGAUCAUUCAAUCUUUAUUAACGAAGCUAUAGGGUCACAUUGAAGCUUCUAGAACUAUAUUUUAAAUCUAUUAUUAGCAAUUAUAUUGCAUGUAUGAAUAUAUAUAUUUGGUUUGAGAUGUGUGUGUAUCUCUGUAUAACCUUUUAUAUAGUGAUAAUGAGAGGGUAGGCUCUACACAGUCCUUCGUCUAUAGCUGUAUAGGUCACUAAUCUGACUUGAUGAUUUUAAGUCACAUUUCAUAGUUUCAACUAGUUAUGAGAGUGAAAAUUAUAUGGCAAUAUUUGAACAUUGUUUUCUUAGGCACCAGAGCAAAGCAGCUCUGUUUCCUUUGCACAUUUUACCUGCCAACAUUUAUUAACAGUUCUUAGCUUCCAAGUCUCUUCACCUUAGCAAAUCAGGGAUCAGGUUGCAGUCUUCUGCAGAGGAACUGAUGGUUAAGCUCAAGUUCCAAGCAUAGUAUGUGUGUGCUACACAAGCUCAGAAGAGUUUGACAAGGACCAGGGGACUUACUACCACAAUCCACUUCCCUUAUCCCAGGAGAGAUGGCCAAACACAUGUGGCAUUAAAUGGUGAAUAAAAAAGCUCCACUCAAGGAGGGACUAUUGGAUGCUCUUUGGACUUCCAACCUAUGCAGUAUUCAACAUCACUGGAUGAAAUGUAAUGGAGGACAGUGCACAGCCAUGUAUCCACUUUCUCUUCCUGUCCACCCUUUGGGUAAUAAGGUCAAUCAUUGGUGGAACAGAAUUUCUCUAGGAAACAAAACCAGGGGAUUUUCUAUGUGGAAAAAGGAAGUUUCCAAAAGGGGAUACUGCAUCUUUACUAAUAGCUGGCUCAGUUAUGCACUUUAAAUCCACGCAAAGAGAGUGCACUUGCUGUUAAAUAAUUGUUAGAUGAGUUACUAGAAGGCAGGACUUUCAGUUUGGGCGACACCAUUUGUGCAACUUGUAUCUUGCUCAGGGUGGAAAACUUCAUAGCUAAAUGCCUCUAGAAGAGGUGUUUAUUGUUUUUUUUAAGCUGCACUAAAUGAAUUCCCUUUUUGAAUCCACUGUAUAUUUCAAUAUUUCGAACCAUGACCAGCUCACUAUUUCCUGAGCUGGAACUUGCUAACUUCUAUGAUCGUUUUUUCAUGAAAGUUGAGAAGGCCGGGCCUUGGCCUUUUGUUUCUUCAUGAGAAGGUGUGACACUGCCUAUAAAUGUUUCUUACUGUGAAACACUCUGAAUGUGAGGCUGUAGUCAGGGUUGUUUCUGGUGGUUUGAUAAUGGCUUGCAUGCUGCUUUCUGGCUUUCUGUCUCUGUCCAAGUUGAUCAAUACUGCAUCUUAACCAAUGUUUCACUUCAGUUAACCACAGCUUUACAUUCUAUCUCCUAUCCUCUGAUCUUCGUAUACCCCAGCAUAUUGAAAAAGAGUAAAAGUAUUUUCUAUCAGGUAGGUCCACAGAGUGACAGUUGCCACUGCAGUGCUUGCUAUUUCACACAAACACCAUUUCAUACCUUCAACUUCUUGGACUUUCUAAAUUGGACCUGUGUCUAAAUCAGGGUAUUUGACAAUCUCAGAUGAUGCUACUGCCUAUGUGCCAGUUAGUUCAUCUUCCUACCAAAAUCAUCAAUGGCACCACAGUAUCCACGAGCUGUACAAUUUACAGGGAAGCACAAGAUUAAUCUUGUCACCUAUAAUUCGUCUUGAACAUGUUCAUAUUUAGUACUCAGAAAACGUGUAAGCUCCUCCCAAUACAGAAAAUUCUUUUAAGGCAGCAUAUGUAUUUCUGAUUUACUAAAAAUGAUUGUCAUCCUCCUCUCAUUCUUCUUUUUGGUAUGAACCAAAAGCGGCUAGGAGCAAUGCCUCAAAUAACCAGAAAUGACCUUUUGUUGAUACAAAUUGUAUCUCUUUUUUUCCUGAUUGUAUAGAAACAAAUGUACAAAACUCAUCUUAAGCUAGGUUUGGCACUGAAUUUUCACCAUGAGGUUUGUGGCACUGUGUGUCACAGGGAAGUAGCUCAGGGGUUGUGAGGGAGCUUUUAUUUCUAAAGGGCAGUAGUAAUUUAUAGACAAAAACAAUUUUUCAAGGCCUCUUUAUUACCAGUGCACAGUUAUCACGUGUACAAUUUCAAGCAUUAUAUUGCAUAAGUUCUCUUUAGCCUAUUAAAUUUAAUAUGUCCUUGAAAAAGGGAUUUUGUGUAAAAAGUGUCAGUGUUAGUGACUCAUCUGCAAGAAUCUAUAAAUGGAGUUAUACAAAUAUGAAUACAUAAAUACAGCAUGGUUCUUAGUUAUUAGAGAAACAUUUUCUUUAUAUUGAGGUCUAGGCACUUCUUGACUUUCCAUUUUGUCUGUAAUUAUAAAACAGCAAGUAACAAAGAAGCAUUGGGACCCCCUCGGCUGCCUUGAUAAUAAAAUCAAGCUUCCUUCAUGGGGCUAAGCAUGUGUCCUUCAGGAUACUUACCUAUAAGCGCUCAGCAGGGGUUACUACAAAGCGUUUUGUGUGGUUUUCAAGAAACAGUGUGUUUUGCAAGAGGUGCUUUGUAAUUUUAAUUAUUUCACUGAUUUUCUGACCUCAUAGCAAGUCUGUGCCUGUUGAGGCCUUCAAUUUUGUAGCUUUUCUGAUUUUUUUUCUUCUUUUUGUGAUUUUGUUGUUUUCAUUUUGAUCUAAAGGAGAAGUGUGACCCCGGAGUGGCAUGGUCAAUCCAGGGCACCCUUUCUGUAAGACAACUCAAAGGAAAAGAAGCCUUUUCAAAGGUAAUAUCGAGCCAUUGCACUCUCUCUUAAGGUGCCAGGUAUGGAAGGGAGAAUGACAGAUGCCUUACGGAAAUGGUCUACGAAACUUUUCUUCUUCUAAGUAAUAAAGCACAUAGCAUGAUUCUCUCUCCCUCUCUCUCUCUCUCUCUCUCUCUCUCUCUGCCCACCUCCUGCUAGUUUCCAGGAGAAUACUUCUCUAAAAUUCAUUUUUUUCUAUUUUGGAAUAAAUUAUCUUUAUACAGUAAUUCAAACACUGAUUUCCAUUAACCUUUGGCCCUGAGUUUUCUUCUAACAUAGAAGAAUUCAUUUUGAGAGGCACUCAGUUACCAUUCUAUCUGUGCUGUAAGUAUGGGACUUUGUACAAAUGCCCUUUUUGAGGGCCAAAAAUUUCAAUACACUUUGUUCUACUUUGUGAACCAGGUCUGGAUCUGCACAGAGAAAGUAAUGCUGAGCUGUCGAGUCCGCUCAGGUCUCCCUCCUAACCCUCCUCUGCCUUCCCCUAGUUUGUUUAUCCUCAGGUCUGACACUGAGGAGUGCGUAGUCUUCAACUGAAAUGGCACUAUAGUUAGUUCUCAUUGGAAACAAACAAGUGUAUUUCUGGAACCUGCUUGUCUAAAAUAGUCAAUGCCUUUGUAAAGACAGCAUAUUCAAUAUCUAUUGUAUGGUAGCUAGCUAUAUACAUAGAUUGACUAUUUUUAGUCCUGGUUUGUGUAUUGUUGAGCUAUAGUAGUUUGCUUUAUCCAUUUGUGGGAUUAAACAAUACUGUUUAUUGGUUGUAAACUUUUAUAAAACCUCUUUGGGUUUUUUGUUUGACCCAAAUAUAAUGUAAGUCUCAAUGACAAAAUACACAAAGUUAACCAGAGGUGAGUGAAAAUAUAGCCCUUCCCCAGUUUUGUCUGCCCCUAUAAUGCACGUGCAUUGCUUUGUAAUAUGCUCUCACUAGCAUGAAUGUGCUAUGACUACUUCAUGAGGUUUUAAUUUGUUUCACCUAUCAUUGUGAUGGAAAAUGCUGUAUCGCUGACAACAAUGAACUGUAACCAGUUAUUUACUGCAUAAACUAUUUGUCUACUGACCA